GUCUGGAAACGAAACAGUUGUGAUCUUCACAUACUCGGUUAAGUUAUUAUAUAUACCGUCUAGUGAUACAGGCUUUCGAAGGAUAUUGCCCCCAUAUCCAUGUCUUCCCCACCCACUCCAGAGCAAGUCGCCCAAGCAAGCAUCACUUUCACAGGGCCGAUCCUUAUGGCAGGUUUUCUUCAUUGGGGCUUGUUCGGAGCGUUCUUUACACAACUCUAUAACUAUACUUCCUCAAGUCGUUCAAAGUAUGACAACUUUAUCGUUAAAUCAUUCGUCUAUGUGACAAUCCUCAUCCAGCUGAGCGCGAUAUUCUUCAUCACCCAUACCAUCUGGGGAACCCUGGUUCUGAACUUUGGCGUUGUUGCGGUUGUUACGCACGUACCAUGGUCGGUACCUCUGGCGCUGUUAACGACUGGUAUAUCCACAUCACUGGCUCAAAUGUUCUUUUCUUGGCGCAUAUACACUCUCAGCGGAGGAGCGACUAAAGGAGGAGCAGUUUUGAUAGGGUUUUUAGGCAUCGCCAUCAUGAUAUCGACCAUGCAAUUUUCAGCUUGUUUGGCAUUCAAUGUCAAGUUCUAUCUCAUUAGUCGCAAUUUUGAGCUUGUGCCUUCGCUCAACAAGAUUUCAGAGGUUUGGUUAGCAUCCGCCGUCAUAGGGGACUGGAUUAACGGUGUUACCUUUGUGGUCAUGAUGCGUCGGGAACGAAAAAACUCUGCCUUUCCGCUCACCAAGGCUCUGUUAGACAGGAUAAUCAUAAAUUUCGUGGAAUCUGGGUUGAUCACUGCGACACUCGCAUUAGCAGAUCUCAUUGUAUUUCUUGUACUUCCUACCACAACUGUGCGUGUAACGUUGGAAUUUACAUUGGGUCCUCUAUAUGCCAAUGUCAUGAUGGCCAACCUCAACAGCAGAGAAAAAAUCGGACAAGCUGCACGCGCUCUGGAAAUGAAUACUUUUACAUCUAGUUCUCAUGGAUCUCAGUCUCGACCCGCUGUCCAAAUUAUCCAGAACCCCAAUACGUUUUCGACGUCUGUAGGUCAUACGACGGACCUGGGAAGAUGACACUAAUCUGGAUGCAAAACUUGCAAGUCUGGCCUGAAGGACAUGCUGAACG